CCCCACAAAUUUAACUUGCAAUUGAAAAGACUUUACUUUGACAUCAAGGAAGGUUUUAAUGAAAAAAAGCAUAUAUUGCUUAUUGAGCACCCACAAUGUGUCAGACUCUGUUUUGAGGCCCAGGAGAAUCUUGUCUUCUUUUGAGCCUACGCUAUGAGUUGGAUAUUCCUCAGAGACCUCCUAAGUGGAGUAAAUAAACACUCAACUGGGAUUGGGCGGAUUUGGCUGGCUGUUGUGUUCAUCUUCCGUUUGCUGGUCUACAUGGUGGCAGCAGAGCAUGUGUGGAAAGAUGAGCAGAAAGAGUUUGAGUGCAACAUUAGACAGCCUGGUUGUGAAAACGUGUGUUUUGACUACUUCUUCCCCAUCUCCCAGGUCAGACUUUGGGCCUUACAACUGAUCAUGGUCUCCAUGCCUUCACUUCUGGUGGUUCUACAGGUAGCCUAUCGUGAGGGUAGAGAGAAAAGGCACAGAAAGAAACUAUAUAUUGGCCUAGGUACGAUGGAUGGGGGCCUGUGGUACACUUACCUUAUCAGCCUCAUUGUUAAACUUGGUUUUGAAAUUGGCUUCUUGGUUUUAUUUUACAAGCUGUAUGAUGGCUUCAGUGUUCCUUACCUUAUGAAGUGUGCUCUGAAGCCUUGUCCCAACACUGUGGACUGCUUCAUGUCCAGACCCACCGAGAAAACCAUCUUCAUCCUCUUCAUGGUGGUUACCUCAUGCCUGUGUAUUGUGUUGAAUUUCACUGAACUGAGCUUUUUGAUUCUCAAGCGCCUUCUUAAGUGCUGUCUCGAAAAAUACUCUAAAAGACCCAAGUUCUCAGUGUGUGAGUGCCCCAACCUCAGAUAUGUUGAAUGUGGUGAGGUAGGGGCCCCUCCGCUACUCCAGAAUCACCAUUCAGCCUCUGCCAUAAGCACAACUCGGGAAAAUGAAACAAAGCUACUUUGCAACACACUAGAAGGUUAAACAAAGAAAACCUGCAUCCAUCCUAAGCAAGAACUAGGCUGGGAUGGGAAACAAAGGGUAUCAGCCUUCAUGUAAUUUGGGAGGAAUUAAUAAAAUUUUCAGUAUGU